AUGGGAAAGCAAGUGGACAAACUCGUACUGAAAAUUGAUGAACUUGCUCGAAGACACCAGAGCUACUCGUAUAGACAUCUGCAACGCCGACGACGUUCUUCACCACGCUUUCGCCGAAGCAGUCAAUCCGGGGAGAAAUUUGGCCUAUGUCGGUACCAGCAACGCCACAGCGACAAAGCGCGUGUGCGUGUGAAUACCCAUGCAGCCGCUUUCAGGCCGUCAAGUCGUCUGAUGUACUGUCCGGAAACGAGAAGGCCAGCGAGUGAGUCCGGGAUUGAGUUUUUGGCCAUCGAUUCGAUGCAGAUGGUGUCCGAACCCUCAUUGAGAAGAUUUCAGCGACCUUGGACUAUCGAAUGCCAGGCCGGCUACUGUGCGCGCUUCGUUCCGCGUGCCGCCGAUAUCUUGUCUCUAUUACCAUUCAAACAAGCCAAAACACAGUCAUUUACUGAAGUGAAAUUCCACAAAUACAUUUAG